AUGCCCAAAGCGAAAGUUCUUCCCAAUGUUAUCACCUACAAUGCUGCCAUCAGCGCAUGCGAGAAGGGCGGUCAAUCGCAGCAAGCAUUGAAGUUGUUUCAGUCCAUGCCUAAGGCGAAAGUUCAGCCCACAGUGAUCAGCUACAAUGCUGCCAUCAGUGCCUGUGAAAAGGGCGGGCAAUGGCAGCAUGCAUUGAGAUUAUUUGAGGCCAUGCCCAAGGCGAAAGUUCAGCCCAACAUCAUCAGCUAUAGUGCGGCCAUCAGUGCCUGCGAGAAGGGCGGGCAAUGGCAGCAAGCAUUGAAGUUGUUUCAGUCCAUGCCUAAGGCGAAAGUUCAGCCCACAGUGAUCAGCUACAAUGCUGCCAUCAGUGCCUGUGAGAAGGGAGGGCAAUGGCAGAAAGCAUUGAAGUUGUUUGAGUCCAUGCCCAGGACGAAAGUUCUGCCUAACGUGAUCACUUGCAAUGCUGCCAUCAGUGCCUGUGAGAAGGGCGGGCAAUGGAAGCAAGCAUUGAAGUUGUUUCUGUCCAUGCCCAAGACGAAAGUUCAGCCCGACCUGAUCAGCUACAGUGCUACCAUCAGUGCCUGUGAGAAGGGCGAGCAAUGGAAGCAAGCAUUGAAGUUGUUUAAGGCCAUGCCUAAGGCGAAAGUUCAUCCCAACGUGAUCAGCUACAGUGCUGCCAUCAGUGCCUGUGAGAAGGGUGGGCAAUGGGAGCAAGCAUUGGAGUUAUUAGAGGUCAUGUCAAAGGAGAAAGUUCUGCCGAACGUGAUCAGCUACAGUGCUGCCAUCAGUGCCUGUGAGAAGGACGGGCAAUGGCAGCACGCAUUGAGGUUGUUUGAGGCCAUCCCAAAGGCGAAAGUUCGGCCCAACGUGAUCAGCUACAAUGCUGCGAUCAGUGCUUGUGAGAAGGGCGGGCACUGGCAGCAAGCGUUGGAGUUGUUUGAGGCCAUGCCCAAAGCGAAAGUUCAGCCCACGGUGAUUAGUUACAAUGCUGCCAUCAGUGCCUGCGAAAUGGGCGGGCAAUGGGAGCAGGCAUCAAAGUUGUUUGCGGACUUGCCCGAAGUGGUGCAACUUGCAGAUGUUUGCUCGAGCAGUGCAACUUGCCGGACACUCGACGCUUCGGACACUUGA